AUGAGUGCAUCCAAACAUCAGGAAAGUGAGGUGAGAAUCAAACACUCUCUGAAUAAGGAUGAGGAAGACUUUAUAGUCAACAGAAGAAAAUCUGUUCCAACCCUGGAGAACCUUGGGACACACUACAGUCAGGAUGCAGUGCAAAACAUUGCAUUACUGGGUUCUGGAGGAGGACAAAGAGCCAUGGUGGGUUUGCUGGGAUCCCUGGUUCAGCUUGAUAAAGAGGGUCUUCUGAAACGCAUCAUUUAUCUGAGCGGAGUCUCUGGAUCCGCCUGGUGCAUGGCCUCCUUAUACCAAGAACCAGACUGGUCCACCAAACUAGAGACUGUGAAGGACAAAAUCAUCAGGAGACUCAGCGGUCCUGCAGUCAGCUGGGGAGACGCAUUUGCCAAACUGAAGAAAUAUUACUAUGAGAAAGACCACUUCAGCUUGACUGACGUCUGGGCAGUGAUGGUCGUCACAGAAUAUGUGAAAGAGAUUGACGAAUGCAAACUCUCAGAGCAGUGGAACCAGGACAGUAAAGACCCGUUCCCCAUCUACACAGCGAUCGACAAGCAAUGCAAACAGCUCAAGGACGAUAAAACAGAUGCCUGGUUUGAGAUCAGUCCAGUUGAAGCAGGUUAUUCUCUCACUGGAGCGUUUGUGGAAACAUCCAGCUUCGGCAGCAAGUUUGACAAAGGCUCAAAGACAAAACAGCAGCCUGAAGCUGACAUGCUGUACCUGCAAGCUCUGUGCGGCAGCGCUUUAGCUGAUGGAAAGAAGAUGGUUAAAUUCAUCUGGAAACAAAUAAAAGAUUUUUUACAUCAUGUACAUCCAAUUCUUGAGGAAAUGGGGAAAGACCCAAAUGACCCACCUGCAGAAAAGUAUUUCCAGGUGCUCAUGGAUCUUGUGGACAUGAAUCUCUCUGUUUUGAAUGGCACUGAUCCUUCUGCUUAUGACGAAUCCAUCAGAAAAACACUGAAAGAGCUGAUUUUUCAAGUGGAAAAACUGGAUCUCGCUAAUAAAGAGGCAGCAAAACUAUAUAUGGAACGGUACACCAUGGACGUGUGCAACCAUUUGAGUGAUCGGUUCAGUCUCUGGCCAUUCGAUGUUUGCAUCAGCAUUGGUAAAUGCAUGGUUCAGUGGAUUUGGGGCAGGAAAUAUAACUUUCUCCAUGACAUGAAAGAUGAAGCAGUGCUUCCUGUUCUUCUGGAAAGUGAGACGAGAGACUAUAUAGACGCCGCACUGUUGAUCAACUCACCCUACUUCUCAAUGCUGAGAGAAGAACGAGACAUUGACCUCAUCAUUUCCCUGGAUUUCAGUGAUGGUGAUCCUUUCAUGACAUUGACACAAACUGCAGAUAUUUGCAAGAAACAAAAGAUCCAUUUCCCCGAUGUUCCAGAGUUUUCUGAAGAAGAAAAAAAAAACCCAAAGGACUUCUAUGUGUUCGAAGGCACAAACACUCCAACCGUGAUUCACAUGCCUCUGUUUAAUGUGGUCAACUGUGGAGGUGAUAUUGAGAUGUGGAGGAAGAAAUAUAGCACCAUGCAAGGCCCUUACAACCUUAAGAUGAUCACUGAUCUCAUGGAGGUCGCUGGAAAAAACAUCUCAAACAACAGAAAGAAACUGCUGGACUAUAUGUUGCGUAAAAAUACUCCAGUCUAAACUAAACACACCUAAAUUCAAUACACAUUUGAGUAAAGGCUAAACUGAUCUGCAUAUCAGUCAUUUUACAAUAAAUAGUUUAAUUUCUUUAAUCUUAAUCAUCACUUAAUCAUAAAAAAUAAAUAAUCUUAAUCAUAAAUCAGCAUAACUUUUUCUGCAAAAUGUGAUUUAAUUGCUCUUUAAUAUGUUAAAAAUGCUUCUACAUGUUUCAGUCUAAUUCUUAAUUGCUUAAGCAUUAAAUAUCAUUAAUUGUUUAUCAUUAAUGAUCAACCCAACAAUAGCAGACUAGAUUAAUACCAUGAUUGUUGAUUAAAAAGACACUGUAUUACUUUGCUUCUGUUCUAAUGAACUAAUAAA